UAUGGUUGUUAGCAGCCCUGUUCCGUCGCGAGCUCCCAGGUCAGCAAUCAGUCAGUCAAGGAAGCCUGCAGGGCGGCCACGCGGGAGGGAGAGCGAUGCGAAUCGGUUCCCAGUUUCUUUUCUGUACUGUGAACAACAGAAACGAAAGUGACAACCUUGUGAGCAGUUGCUGGCCAAAUUCACAUCUAGAGGUCUUCCGUUGCUCUGUGCUGCUCAUCUGGUGAAAUAGCUGUGCCUGUCACAUCGGAACUGGAUUCAGAGUUAAAUUUGAGCAACUAGAAGAGCAUCCUCCAUAGAACAAAAAACAAGCCGCAGAAAUGUUGCGCAGGCCGCUGCAGCAGGUGUUUCGUCAGUUUGUAAGAUAUGAGUCUGAGUCAACAAUGCCCUUAGUCCUUGAGAGGUCACUGAAUCGCAUCCAGCUACUUGGUCGCGUAGGACAGGAUCCUGUUAUGAGGCAAGUGGAAGGGAAAAAUCCUGUCACGAUUUUCAGCCUUGCAACCAAUGAGAUGUGGCGAUCGGGAGACAGCGAAGUAUUCCAAGGAGAUGAUAUCACCCAGAAAACAACAUGGCAUAGGAUCUCUGUGUUCAGGCCAGGCUUGAGAGACGUGGCUUAUCAGUACGUCAAGAAAGGUGCUCGAAUCUAUGUGGAAGGGAAGAUCGACUAUGGGGAAUAUAUGGACAAAAACAAUGUGAGGCGGCAAGCUACGACAGUCAUUGCAGAUAACAUCAUUUUCCUGAGCGACAACAUGAAAGAAAAGGAAUGAGCUGGUUGGUUUCUUGGACAGCGGCUUGAGCAGUCUCCUUUAUUUUUGUAGCAUUUCCCGAUUCUGCAAUCAUGUAUCUUUCUAUAGGAUUUUUUUCCCGGCUGUAAUUAAAAUAACCUUUUGUAAGAAUUAAAGUAAAUUCAUGAGUA